GCCGGGAUAAGAGUAAAGACCCCAUCACGGGCCACAAUCACUCUUUCUCCACAAGCCCCGCACCCCCUAAAACCCCUCGACGGGUACUUUUUCUUUGUUUCUGGGAGAACCAGAAUCAAACACUAUGAGCUCGUUCAACAACACCACCAAUUUCGACAACCUCCUCCUCCAAACUCUGAUGGGUCGCCUCCAAAUCCGCCCUCCGACCAACCCGUUCAACUCCCAGUCCCUCGAGGACCUCCUCCUCGAUGCAGCCAAUCUCUCCGACGAUAACGAAGAUGAUAGUAGCAACAAGACCCAGCUAUCCAAAGAAGAAUCCAAGCUCGAGAAGGAAAUUGUUCGGGUAAUCCUCAGCGGAAAGACUGAUUCCCUCAAACCUAACUCUGGCCAGGCUGUCACCAUCGGCGAGCACCAUAUUUGCGUCGGGUUUCACGAGGAUACAGGUUCGGAUUAUCGAGUAUGGGAGUGGCAUGGGCAUAUAAUGCUCUUUGACGAAGAGAACGGAUACACGCCCGAGUAUAUAUAUGGAAAUUACUUUGAGAGGUUGUUGGUUAAGUCGCGUAGUGGUGAGGAGGAGAAGGUGGAGGUGGAGGAGGAGAAGGAAGAACAGGUGGGGACCUUGGGGCUGAGGGACUUGAUUGAUGGUGGGGAUACCGGUGGUGCUCGAAUUCUUCAUCGGAACUUGAAUACUGGUUCUCCAAGGAAACAAAUAUUGAUCCUAUGUUAUGACCUCCCAUGGAAGGAUUGUGAAAGAUCUGGGUGGACUCUGAUGGGGGAAGAGACAAGAGGACUUGAAGUGUUCUGUCGUGUGAGGGAGAAGAGAUGGGAAGUGAAGAAGGAAGACACAACUCAAAACGCAGCAUAGAGUAGAGGAACUCACUGUUUCAUAGUCAAAGUAAGCUUGAGCUAGGCCGCAGCGCACCGUUUCAAUAAGCUGGGAACGCACCGUUUCAAUGGAGCCAGACGCACCGUUUCAGUGGAGCAGCGUUUUAGCACCAGGAGUCUUUUGUCAUUUUAAUUUCCUUGUAGUUGUUUUUACUUUCUGUGGUUGUUAUUUCAAUUCCAUGUGUCUGCAAGUUAUUGGGUCAGUUAGUUACUUGUGGGAAAUAUGAGAGAAACAGAGAGGGUGGGAAGAUAUUCUGGACAAUUGUUGAUGUUGGAACUUUCUGGAGGUUUAAGGGAUUCCCUCGAAUGAACCCUAAUGACAAUAUGAAUUUUACUCUC